GGGAGGGAGGGAGGGAGGGCAGGAGGGACGGAGGGAGAGCCCCAGCGCAGCCAGGCUACUUGAAUGAUCUCUAGCAGGAAUUUCCGAGUUUGCCCAGCUGAGUAGGCUGGACUGAGUUGUCUGCUGUGAACAGCAGAUGAAAAAAGCUGGACGUCCUGUGCACAGGAGGCUUCCUGACUCACAGCAGCUCUGAUGGAUAGAAAUAGGACUCGGUAGUUCACUUGAAAGCGAGUUGCUUAGCUGCGAGGGCAUAUUCUCCCUGCAUCUUAAUUACAUCCGCCAUGGACUCUUCAGUGAUCCUGCUGGAGAAGCCAGCCGGCAAUGGAGCCCCCUGCAGUUCUGAACGGCACGUGGACCUUGAGGCCAAACUGGAUCGGCCAAGGGAAGGAGACGGUGUCAGCACUGCCCCUGUCAAUGCCAGCCAAGUGCCAACGGAACUCCUGGUGCCAAGCAGCGGUGGGAGCCCUGGCCAGAAUGGACCGGUGUCCCACCCCCCUGUGCCUCUUGACCCCAACGGCAGCCCGAUGGGGGAAGAGCCAGCUCCAGGUGUGCCUGGUUUCCAUGCCAACCUAAGGUCGUCUCAGGGCGCUAGUGCUGAGGGCGUAGUUCUUAGGAAAGAAGCGUUGCAGUCUCUCAAACUAAGCCUCCCCAUGCAAGAAACUGAAUUGUGUUCAGGAGAUUCUUCUCUCCCACUGGAGAAGGAAGAACAAAUCAGGCUUCAGGCAAGAAGGCGUCUUGAAGAACAGCUCAGACAGUACCGCGUAAAAAGGCACCAGGAGAGGUCUACAGCUAAAAACCGCCUCUGCAGUACUCUUGAUCCUGAGUUGAUGCUAAAUCCAGAGAUCUUGCCACGGGCCAGUACUGUAGCGAUGACGAAAGAAUACUCCUUCUUGAGGACCAGCGUCCCAAGAGGACCCAAACUGGGAAGCCUGGGCCUCCCAAUACAUUCAAAAGAGAGGAAAAGUUCCAAAUCUUCCCGGUCAAGUAGGAUCCGGUCCCUGGCAGACUACAGAAAUGAAGAUGCAGAGGGGAAUGCUGGUGGGACUAAUCCAGUGGCUGGUUCUCCUGGUGGGUCUCUAAAGCAGAACCAAAGUGGUCCGACGUCAGUUGUGUCAGAGAUCAGGUUGACUCCUGACCCGGAGGACCGGCUGGAGAAUUCCUCUUUGGUGGGAGACAGUGUAUCGGAAAUUGAUGGAAGCGAAGCAGGCAUGAGGCUGGAUGGUAACGAGAGCGAUAGUUCUACCUACAGUAGUGUAUCGGGCAGGGGGCCUUAUAGCACUUUACGCAGUGAGAGCAAGCAGAGUGUCUCAUUCACUGUAAAUGGCCAGGAGAUCCCUUUGGAGGCAGCAGGACAGUUUCCUUCCAUCCGAGAAGUGUUGCAGGCUGCGGCCGCAGAGCAUCAUACUCAAGAUCAUCAGGAAAUCAACGGGGAAGUGAGGAGUCGGCGAGACAGUAUCUCCAGCAGUAUAUCAAUGGAAAGUUCUAUCGCGGGCACGCACGAUGAAAUGUUACAGGUCCUCAAAGAGAAGAUGAGGCUUGAAGGACAACUGGAGGCACUGUCGCUGGAAGCCAACGAGGCUCUGAAAGAAAAGACCGAGUUGCAAGCCCAGCUCGCUGCUCUAAACAUGAAGCUUCAGACGCAGAUGGAGCACAGUCAGAGCAGCCAGCUCAAGCAGGACUCCCUGAACUCGGAGGUGGCCGCCUUGAAGCAGUCUUGCUGGGACCUGGAGCGAGCGAUGGCGGAACUGCAGGCCACUCUGGAGGCCAAGAACGCCAGCCUGGCCGCCUCCAGCAACGAUCUUCACGUGGCAGAAGAGCAGUACCAAAGACUCAUGGGGAAAGUGGAGGACAUGCAGAGAAGUGUCCUUAGCAAGGAUAGCACAGUUCACGAUCUCCGGCAGCAGCUUUCAUCCUUGCAAAGCCAACUCCAGCAGGUGCAGCUCGACCGGACAACCUUGACUAACAAACUGAAAUCAUCACAAGCGGAGAUUGCGUCACUACAGAAAGUACGCCAGUGGUAUCAGCAGCAACUGGCCGUGGCACAGGAGGCGAGAGUUCGGCUGCAGAGUGAGAUGGCAAAUAUACAGGCUGGCCAGAUGACCCAAGUGGGCCUGUUGGAGCACCUCAAGUUAGAGAACGUAACACUCUCUCAUCAGUUAACAGAGACUCGGCACAAAUCAAUUAAAGAGAAGGAACGCAUCGCUUCACAGCUGCAGAAUAUUGAGGCUGACAUGUUGGAUCAGGAAGCAGCCUUUCUGCAGAUCCAGGAGGCUAAGAGCAUGGUUGAAGAGGACUUGCAGAAGAAACUGGAGGAGUUUGAGGAUGAGAAGGAGCAGCUUCAGAAAAUGGCUGAUUCCGCAGCGACACUGGAGCAGGAGCUGGAACAGGUGAAACUGACACUACAUCAACGCGAUCUUCAGGUUGAGGCUUUGCAACAGGAGCAACUGGACCUCAUUAAACAGUUGACGACGACUCAAGAAACGCUGCAGACCCGAGAGCAGUCCCUGGGUGACCUGCAGAUGCGUUACGAUGAACUGGAGGCCAGGCUGGCGGAGUUGCAGGGAGAGGCCACUUCGAAGGAUGAGACCCUCCGAUAUCUGCAGAAUGAGAAAAUCGUCUUGGAGGUAGCUCUGCAAGUAGCAAAAGCAGGCAAAGAAGGACUCGAUGAAGGAGUCAAGCACUUAGGAGAAAGUACGGAGGUGGCAUCGGAUAUUUUGGAACAACUGAGGCAAGAAAUAGCCAUAAAGUCAAGUCAGGUGGAAAACCUUCAACAAGAGAGUACAAGCCUUAAGAAGCAGACUCAGAAGGUAAAGGAGCAGUUCCUUCAGCAAAAGGUGAUGGUAGAAGCCUAUCGUAGAGAUGCAGCUUCAAAGGAUCAGCUCAUCAGCGAGCUGAAAUCGACCAAGAAGAGGUUGGACUCCGAAGUGAAAGAAUUAAAACGGGAACUUCUCCAGCUUCAGGGUGAAAAGAAAUCCAUGCAGAUGGAAAACUCAAGGCUGGGGAAGGAAGUGUCUCGGGUCCAGCAGCAGAUGGAGGAUCUGGAAAACCAGCUGCAAGUGGCGCAGAGAGAGCGAGAUGACAUGGAAUCACAGCUUCAGUCUUUGAAGUUUGAUAGCGAACAAAUGUCUGCUCUCGCUGAGAUGAAUGAAUCGUUAAGACAGCAGGUAGAUGAAAUGCAACAAGAAGCCAAAACGGCUAUUACUGAGCAGAAGCAGAAAAUGAAGCGGCUGGGAUCGGAUUUGAACACUGCACAGAAGGAAAUGAAAGCGAAGCACAAAGCCUACGAGAAUGCCGUUGGGAUCCUCAGCCGCCGGUUGCAGGAAGCUCUCACCGCUAAAGAAUCCUCUGAAGCAGAACUGAACAAAUUAAAGGCACAGAUCACCGAGGGAGGAGACAGCCAAGCCAGCCUAGAAAAGAUUCAAGCCUUGGAGACAGAAUUGCAGGCUCUGGGCCACAGCAAGAUGAUCCUCGAAAAAGAACUUCAAGAAGUUAUCUCGCUCACGAGUCAGGAACUGGAGGAGUACAGAGAGAAAGUUUUUGAACUUGAAGAUGAGCUUCAAGAAUCGAGAGGCUUCCGGAGGAAGAUAAAGCGGCUGGAAGAAAUAAACAAGAAGCUUUCCCUUGAGCUGGAACACGAGCGUGGAAAGCUUACUGGCCUCGGCCAGUCCAAUGCUGCUUUGCGAGAACACAAUCACAUCCUUGAAGCAGCCCUGGCCAAGAGAGAAGCCGAUCUGGUGCAACUGAAUCUUCAGGUCCAGGCCGUUCUGAAGCAGAGAGAGGAGGAGGACCAGCAAAUGAAACAGCUCAUUCGGGCCUUGCAGAUGGCCUUGGAAAAAGAGAAGAGUAAAGUCAGUGACCUUAAAGAGCAGGUUGCCACAGCCAAAGCAGAGGCCGCGCAUAACCGCCGCCAUUAUAAAGCUGCCGCUCUUGAACUCGGCGAGGUGAAGCGGGAGCUGCAAGCCAAAGAAGCACUGAUCCAGACCCUUCAGGCUGAGGUGGACAAACUGCAGCUCAAAGAUGGGAAGCAUUCGGAAGAAGUGUCCCAGUUCCAGCAAGAGCUGGCGGAAACCCGGUCCCAGCUCCAGCUUCUGCAGAAACAGCUGGACGAGCAACUCAGCAAGCAGCCGGUAGCGAACCAAGAGGUUGAAGACCUCAAGUGGGAGGUAGAACAGAAGGAGAGGGAGGCCCAAGCCCUGAAGCAGCAGCUGGACCUGACUGAGCAACGCAGCCAGAAAGAGUUGGAGGGAAUACAAGUUGUCCUGCAGAAUAUCAAGACAGAGUUGGAGGUGGUUCGGGAUGACCUGUCUUUAACUCAAAAAGACAAGUUCAUGCUUCAGGCGAAAGUGACCGAACUGAAGAGCAGCAUGAAGACGCUCCUCCAGCAGAACCAGCAACUGAAGCUGGACUUGAAGCAUGGGAAGAUGAAGAAGAGGAAAGAACUGAAAGGAGAGACUAAUUCUUCAAACCCUGUGACUCCGGUGAAGAUUCCCGACUGUCCUGUGCCUGCAGCUUUGCUGGAAGAGCUGCUGAAACCCCCGACCGCUGGGAAUAAAGAGCCUCUAAAGAACCUCAACAGCUGCCUCAAGCAACUCAAGCAAGAGAUGGACAGCCUUCAGCGGCAAGUGGAAGAGCACACAGUAACAGUACACGAAUCCAUGUCUUCGUGGACGCAGAUAGAAGGGCAGUUAACGGACUUUACUUCUCCCUUCCCUGCAAUGGAGUCAGGCCAUCGGGCUCUAAAAGAACCUCAUCGCAGCACUGAAGAAAGAGAAGGGUUGACCCAGUGACUUCAUUUUCUGUCACUUAGCUUCAUUACUGCUUUAAGUACGUAAAAAUCUUUAUCAACACUAUUUAUUUGUUUUAUUUUUUAAACAGACUUGAGAAUUCUCCAUCUAUGUUUUUUUUAUAACAAACACGAAAAACAUCGGUAUGCAAAAUGUUGUUUGAAGAAAGAGGUGUCUUCCUUUACACCUGUCUGGGAGGAGUUGGAGAUAUCUGGGGUGGGGUGGAGGGGAGAGAGGCAUCGAGAAGUCUCUGAGCAGACUCGGAGGUUUCUUUCCUCCGUUCAGUAAUGGCUAGAGCGAGACAGGAAUUGGCUGUGGCGCGAAACUGGUCUCCUGACGGUUUCCACCAUUUUGAGUUGGAAGCAACUUUGAUAAUGACUCUGUUUGGUUUGGCACUGGGAAUGUUGAGUGUUCCAUACUGACAUGGCUUAUGGCUGUUGACGUUGCAGACGUUUUUUGCGUAAUCACACCCUCUAGAGAAGCAUAAAGCAUCAUCAGUGCAAACCGGUAACUUUUUGGUAGCCACACGUCUCCAAACUACCCACUCUGAAGUAGUCCCAUUGCAUCAACUGGGCCUGUUUCAAAGUUAAUAGAUUGGGGAUCCCGAGCCAAAGGCCAGUAGGGAGCUUGGAUAUACUUUUGCAGCUGCUUUUUGCACUUUUUUUCUUCUUUUGUUCUCUUGAAGACAUUUCCAGUGCAGGAUGCGUAUAAAUUUGUUCUGUCCUGGACUAUCUGUUUUAAUGAGCUUUAUAUAGUAGGAUUCCCCCCAUCUUUUUUAAAAUUAAUACUUCAUCCUAAGUUUGGUGUUUGGAAAAAUAUUGUAUAUAUGAGGCCUAGGAAAGCGAGCCCUAAAAUCAGAGCUUUUUUGAAAUGUAAUUAAUUUACUCAUUAUAUCUUUCAAAGAUGAAUGUUAUAUAUUGCCUAUAAAUCUCUGUUAGCUUUAACUUUUCUCUCCCUUCUACUCUCUAAUGCCUAGUUUGGAGUGCAUUGCUCACUUUUUUGCAGAUGCACCUUGCUGACCUAACAUUGGUAAGCUGAAGCCUUAGUUUUCCUUCUCUUCCAUCCCUGCCCCAUAGUUGAGGGUCCAAAGCCAUCUCCGCUUACAUUUUGAAGCAUAGGAGCUUGGCUUUGCCUACUUUAGAUUGCACUCCAGGAUGUGUUGAAAACCACUGCUAGAAGGAACAGAUGGGCCAUCAGGUACGUAGGAGGCGCUGCCAUCUUGGUUGAAAGAUACGGAAGUCUGGGCUGUAGCAGUUGGAUUGUGGAGUCCGGAGCUAGACAUUACUGAAAUGGCAGCUCUGUGUAGCUUCUCCCCUACCCUUCUGCAGUGUCUCAUUACGGUACACAUGCAGCUGCCGCUUAAAAUGGCAGCCGGGUCUCAUUUCUCCCCUCAUUAAAAUUUAAUACAGUUUACUCAUGAUGUUAGGUAAGUUUUUCAACUGGUGGUGGGGAGAUACAGCUGGUUUUGCCCCAACCUAAAGUGGCUUAAUAUUUACUAGAUGUUACAGAAGAAAAGGAGAAAACUGGAAUCAUAGUCAAAGUGCUACCAUUUUCAUGUACACUGUGAUGUUUAGUCCAGGCCUGACUUCAGGGUAGGUAUAUUGAUAGAGAAUUAACAGUGUAAAUGAUUUGUGGAUCUCCUCAUCCUUUGAGAAUGACACAAUCUGUAAAUUAGGCUUCUUUUAAACACAUUUAUCAAAGAGGCAAUGUUUUAAUGUGGGAAGAACGAUAUGCAAAAUGUCAUUCUAAGGUGGUUGAUGGUCCACUUUCCUUUAGGGACAGAGUAAUCCCUCCCCCACAAUUUUGCUUGUAAAAACUGACCUAAUCUUGGAAGAUUUGAAUCUCUACAUCUCUUCUUACAUGAGUUUUAAACACAUAGAAUACUAUUAACAAUGUUCAGACUGACUGAUUUUGAAACUGGUAAGUCAGUUUCAUUUUGGUUCAUAAUAUAUGAAGGAAAGAUACUUAUUAAAUGUAAAGGGUUUUUACAUUUAUGGGGAAGGAAUCUCAGUUAAUGUGACAUGAGCUGUCUAUUUUGUAAAACUAAUCAACUGUUAAGAUGAAAUACUGAAAGCUUUAUUGACUAAUCCAGAUACACUGAUAGAUUAUACUACUCCAGUCUAUUUUAUGGCGUAAAUAGUAAUGAGUGAUUUUUUUUGCUGCUGCUGUUUACAUUCUUGAAGCUUGUGUACCUGCUAAAUUAAAGAGGAAGCCAACAUACAGUAGUGUUGAAAUACCAAAGUUAAUACUAUUUAAUAAUUAAUAUAUAUUCAGCUCCGCAAUCUGCACCAAUGGGAUAUUCAUGUCGCUGUUGUUAGUUCACUGUGUUAUUUAGAGGAGAGGAUCUGAUAAGUAUGAAUUCUGAGUAUUUCAACUUUUUGAACCCAUGGAGGAUUUACUGAGCAUAAAAGAAGCCAGCAUCUUAAGGAAUAUUCACAGUUGCUCUGAUUACCUUGUGUGUCCAGAAUACUGAAUUCAGUACUGUAAUGCAUGAGGUUUCCAGCCUUGGGCCCUGAUAUAUUGUUGGACUACAUCUCCCAUCAUUCCUAGCCAUUUUGGUUAGGGAUGAUGUGAGUUGUAGUCCAAUAUUAUCCAGGGACCCAAAGUUGAGAACAACAGCUGUAAUGCAGCCUCUUUCAAGGUUUCAUAAUUUCUGACCAGCUCUUUCAGAGAACCAGAUUGUAGAUUCAUAAAGCAGCAUAGCCUUAAGCAUGUGGUUUUUCUCCUUGGGGAGAAAAGAGCCAAUUAUGUUGUAUUUUAGUUAAAGGAAAUCUCAUGUCUCCUUUUCAUUCACCCAACAAGACACUUCCCUUCCUGUCCAGGACCACAUCUUCCCUCUUUUAUUUCUGUCUGCCGUUACCUCUCAUUUUGACUAGAGGAGGCGGAGCUUGCGGACCUAAACUUGGGAAACAUAAAACACAUUUUCCAACUUUUUGUUGGAACCAUGGGAACCUAAGGAAACAUAAUUCACCACCUUUCUAGACCUUUUUCUUUGGAGCCUUGACUCUUGGCUAAAGGGAUGCUGUUGGGAUGUUCAAGAGACAGCUUUUUUUGCAGUCUCAGAUUAGCCACGCAGAUCUCUGCCAAGGAAUUUGGACUGGUGCCUCUGUUAAUGUUGGAGUGCUUUUAGAAAUCAGACAAAUAAUCCUCUCAAGGGGAUCCAGGGUGUGUGUGUGUGGGGGGUGCAUCAGAAAGUGCUUUCUGAGCUUGUUUCUUCAUCCCCAGUGGUUCAACUCUUCACCUUUUUUUUUUUUUAAUGGAAAAAGGUGGGAGGGAAACCCAGAAAUAAUAUUUCAUUACAAAGAGGUUUUUUUUUAAGGCUUCAGUAUUCCUUGUAAAUUCUAGCAGAGGAUUGUUGGAGGACUUUCUUCAAACCUUUCAUAGUGUUACAGUAAAACUGUUUGCUGGGGCAGAUGUUUCUGCAAGUUACUGCAGUAUGUUGUAUGUUAAUUUCACUGUCUUCCAAGUUGUUUGGAGAUUGUGCAUCUGGUUAGCUCAGUUUUUCCUUUUUAUGUGUAAAGGCAGUCUCAUCAUACACUCAGGCAAUGUUCCUCCGUCUAUCAGGAAAGGUUUUCCAUGUUUGAGGAAGGCAGGAUGGUUUCCAGAAUGAUAUAUGCACAUUGAUAGUAUUGGUCUAUGACCGCAAUAAAGGAUGACUGACUGACUGCACAUUGAUAAUUUGUGUAUUGCUGCUACUAAUGUAUGUUGAAUUCAGUGCUAUGGAAGUUUUCACAGGCAGGCAGCUGUACUAGUUGGCAAGGGAGCGUUAACAGUAAAUAUUCUGGUCAUUAUGAAUCAAAAUGUGUUAAAUUAUAUUUUGGUGUGGCAGAUGCCUCUCCCCCAAACCAAAACUCCACCUUAAUUUAGAGUUAAUUCCUGCUAUGUCAUUCUCUCCAGUUUCUAUUUAAUGGGUGCAUUUUUCCCUUCUGAUAACCCAGAAUUACCAUUAAUGAACCUGCUAGAUCUAUCUCCCUGUGUGCAGUAUAUCACUCUGGUCACCACAAGUUCUUUCUCCAAAAAACCUGCCCAAGUGCGCCGCACAGAACUUUUAUGAAAAGCAACAUCUAACUGUUCUCAUUCAAACAUGUCACCUGUUUUCAAUCCAUUGUUGAGUCAAAUUGUAUUGCUAAGGAAAAACAUCACUUUCAUAACCAUUUUAAUUGAGAGAUCCAAAUAGAACAGUUACAUUUGUAUUUGACUGAUUAAUGAUUGUGACAUUUUAAAAGCAUGUUGAUUUUAAAAAAGGAUUAAGUUGUGCAUAAACAUUCUUGAAAGAUUUUGUGCAAUAAACUAUUUUUCAUAAAA